AUGGAUCAGUAUGCAUCGCUGACGGCGCCACAGUCGUUUCGCCUGGCGAAUCUCGCUCGCCAGGCGGUUGACUAUCCAUUCCGCACCUUUCAAAAUACGCACGAUUCGCAUCCCUCGAUCGAUCAUCUUGUUCUUCUCGUUUUCGAGGCCGUAUUGGAAGUGGUAUGCGUCAGUCUGCCAGGCUACAUUGUCGCACGACUGGGACAGUUCGACGCGGAAAAGCAAAAGUUCCUCGCCAACCUGAACGUCACACUGUUCACACCAUGCUUGAUCUUCACCAAGCUCGCAUCGCAGCUGAGCGCCGAGAAACUGUCCGACCUCGCCAUUAUUCCCGUUAUCUUCGUUGUCCAGACUUUGAUCUCGUGGGUUGUGGCCAAGAUUGUGGCCAGACUGUUUCGCUUCAAUGCGCGGGCAUCGAACUUUGUGACGGCCAUGGGCGUUUUUGGCAAUUCCAACUCGCUACCAAUCUCCCUCGUCAUUUCGCUGUCGCAGACGCUCAAAGGCCUUCACUGGGACAAGAUCCCCGGCGAUAACGACGACGAAGUGGGCGCCCGAGGCAUUCUGUACCUCCUCAUCUUCCAGCAGCUAGGACAGCUCGUGCGCUGGAGCUGGGGAUACCAUGUACUGCUCGCGCCGAAAGAAAAGUAUGCCGAGUACCAGGACCAGUUGGCCGAGGAGGGUCAGCACAUCAACGAGCCACAUGACGAGCACGAGGCGGAGCGACUGAUCGGCAGGACGGAGGACGACGAAGACGCCAUGAGCACUACGACUGAUUCGCAGGGCUACGAACCUGCGGGUCGCACGCCCGUUGGACACGCAUCGACCGCGUCUCUCGUGGACGCGGCGGAGGACGACAACGGUUUGCCCAACCGGAAGAAGCUGUCGCAGCACCCAACAGCCCUUGCUGGAAAUCACCCCGUCCUCAACGGUCAUAGUCCCGACUCCGAUAUGCUGUCCUUUCCACACAUUAGCGACAAUGACACCGAUGUACCCAAGGGACCCGUUGCCAGAAAAUGGUACAACUUCAAGAAGGCUGUUGGAAACAGGGUCUCGGCUGGAAAGAAGAAGACAAGCCAAGCGCUAGCGAGUUUCUACGACAGUCUUCCGAAACCCAUCAAGGUAGUUCUUGGAUUCUUCAACACCUGUUUGCAAAAGACAAACAAGUUCCUCUGGGAGUUCAUGAACCCGCCUCUGUGGGCCAUGCUCAUCGCUGUCCUCGUGGCGUCCGUUCCCACCCUGCAGAAGCUCUUCUUUGAGGAGGGCUCGUUCAUCAAGAACAGUGUGACGGAUGCAAUCCGCUCCAGCGGUGGCGUUGCUGUUCCUUUGAUCUUGGUGGUUCUUGGUGCCAACCUAGCCAACAACACGGGCGCCCGCGACGAUAUCGUGACCGACCCCGAGGACGACAAGAUUGGCACGAAGCUGCUCAUUGCCUCGCUGGUCAGCCGCAUGGUCCUGCCGACUGUCAUCAUGGCGCCCAUUCUCGCACUCACCGCCAAGUACAUCCCCGUCAGCAUCCUGGACGAUCCCAUCUUUGUGAUUGUGUGCUUCUUGCUGUCCGGUGCCCCCAGCGCGCUGCAGCUGGCACAGAUCUGCCAGAUCAAUGCCGUGUACGAGAAGACCAUGGGCCGAAUCCUCUUUCAGAGCUACGUUGUUUGGAUCCUCCCCUCUACCCUUAUCCUUGUAAUGCUCGCCCUGGAGACUGUCGAGUGGGCUAAAUAA